AUGCUCCGAGGGGGCAAAGUGCUUGCGGAGGACACCCAUUUCGUAGACGUCGGAUACUCGGGCGGGAAAGGCUGCCGUGUCGGAUAUCGGAUGAUUUGGGGUAUUGCUGGUGGCGGCGGUGGUGGUGGUCCGCUGGAGACAGCGAAAGAAAGUGGUGCGACCGUUGGGAAAGCGGAGAGGCUCUCCGCAGUUCAUUUUGCUCCCCUCCAGGGCCCCCAGGAAGUCCCCGAGGAAGAGAAGGAGGAUGGAUCUGAAAAGGCCGGGUAUGUCGCUGUCAACGUUGGACCAAUCUACCGUGCCACCGUCCACGUCGCACAGAACCGUCGGCCGGUGUUUGAAGGGUAUCCCCCGGGACGGCGCUUCGGGAAGGUCGGCGGCGCGCUGCGGGAGAGAAAUGGCGCGGGGGUGCGAUGGUGGUGGUGGAUGGUGGUUGGUGGUUGGCUGGGCCCCGAGGUGCCGAGCCACGAUGGUAACGAACGAACGAUUGGUAUCCACGGAAUAGCAGAGUUUGGGCGUGCAUUACAGCAAGGGUAG